UAAUCUAGUCUUGGCUUUCCCUUUGGUUUGUCACUCGUCGUCGCUGUCAGCCUUGUCCUUAGAAAUUUUCGUUAGUAUUAAGAUGGAGAGCGCGAGACAGUAUCUCCCACCAGAAAUCAUAUUCGAAAUACUCGUGAGGCUGCCAGUGAAAUCGCUAUGCAGGUUUCGAUGUGUAUCCCCUUUCUGGCACUCUAUGAUAUCAAGUCCUCACUUUAUUGAAUCCCACUUCGCCCGCUCCAGUUCCCGACCGACGCUCCUAAUCUCUUGCCUCUACAGUGAGCACGACCGUGGGUGCAGCAUCCGCGGCACAUCCUUCUACUCAAUGAACUAUUCCAACCGGGAGAACCAGCUCCAGACCCUUACCAAACAUGGCAAGUUAACAUGGAGCCACAGCCCAAGAUGUCCCGACAUAUUGCAAUCUGUUGGAGGUCAGGUGCUUGUGCAACUCGGUGACGUCAUCAGGAUCUACAACCCUAGCACUAGGGAGUCCGUUGCUGAUGUAACUACUCAGAAUCCAGAGGGCACUCAUGCAAUGGAAAGUUUCCUCGGUUUCGAUCCUAUUGGCAAAAUUCACAAGAUCCUCUGCACGUUCCUGCGCUUUUCCCUUGAGCAACAUGGUCCCUGGUUUAUAGAUUACAAGGUGCUCGCUCUCGAUGGUAAGAAUCAGUGGAGGACGAUAUCUGAUGGCCAUCGUCAUCUUAUUACCAGUAACAGUAUCUGCCUCGACGGGGUCAUCUACUACAUCACAGGCAGUCUCGCGGAACCCCAAGAGCAGCAAUCUUUCAUCGGCUUUGAUGUCAGGUCAGAGAGCUUUCGGAUGAUGGAACUUCCUUCCCCUUUAAAAGCUAGUAGCACAUCUGCUACCGAAUGGCAUCUCGUGGAACUCCAUGGGCGCGUCGCUAUAGUUCACAACUAUGAUCUUACUCAUGGUGAAGAAAUCGACUUAUGGGUUUUCGAAGGCUUCAAUCAGAGGCAGUCCUGGAGCUGCAAAAGGAUCCUACUGCCUCUGUCUUGGAAGCAUAUCUAUCUUCUCCUCUUAGGUGGCACUCAAACAGGAGAACUCUUGUUCAGGCCUCUUUUUGUUGAUCAACCUUGUCGUUUGUUCUACUUCGAUAUGGAAACUAACCGUGCAAGAGAGUGCGAAAUUCCUGGGCUACUUGAUGAAGUAAACCCAAACAACAUAUUGAUGCACCUCUAUCAUAAGAAGACGAUUAACUUUUUACCGAUUUUAUUACGGCCAGCCAGUGUGAUGAUCCGUGCACCCACUGUGGUCUUUGGAAGAUGGCGGAGCACAGGUCACCUGCUCUGCUCUGUCGAGCUAGACUGCCCAGUGAUCUACAUGGUUGCCGCAAAUCCCACGGAAGAGAUCGAAGUCUCCAUGGGAAGUAUCGGAAGUUUUUGGUCUGACCACGGUGGAUCGAAGCUGCAUACUAUCUGUAGCGAACAACCACCAGAAAAUGCCCUGGCCGCGUGCCAAUGUAAGGACCAGUGUCUUCACUCCUCUCGUGUGAUCUUUCGGCGGGAAAUGUAA